UUCGUUUUUUUCUCUACCCGAAAUCAGUUAUCAGUUGCGUUUUGAUAAAGUGACUUGGUUGAAAUGCAUCUUCAAAGGAUAUGUGUGUUGUUAUUAGUGCUUCAUUAUGUCACCGCGAACCCGGCUACAAACGGAUUGGAUAGUGAAAACGCGAUCGAGGAUAAUGAUAUAGGGGACCACAUGGGGAUACUCACGAAGUGUUCCUUUGAUGGCGGAUUUACCUCAUUGAUAAAUUGCGCAGCUUCCAGAGCUUUGAAAUUGAUACACCAUCUAGCAAACUCUGAAUCCUUAGCGGUAUUACCUGGUGUCUCCUUAGUCAGCAACAAGCCCGUAUCCCAAAGAGAGGCGAAAGAGCUAACCGAUCUACCCCAGGAUCUCUCAGAUAGGACUGAUAUAAUAUUCGAUCAUUUAUUGCAAUCUGCGGGGCGAGUAUUCUCGGGCCGCAGCCUAAAAAUUGACAUUCCCGAAAUUGCACCGGCAACUAUCGCACGAUCUUUGGAUGAAGCAAGAGGCAAGAGCAAAAAGGGUGGUGGAUCGUCGAUUAUGUAUUUAGUCGGUGCUAAAAUACUACUACUUAAGUCGCUGUUGAUGGCAGUGUUAAAGUUCAUGUCUAUUAAAGCACUGAUAUUAGCAAAGCUAGCGUUGGUGAUAUCGCUCGUGUUGGCCGCACAGACGUUCUUCGGGAAGAGUAACGUCGUGACGCCAUACUUCUCAGGCUGGGGUUCCGGGUGGAACAGUGGAAGUGGUCCCGCUUAUGGAGUACCUUCGACGUGGACUACUAACAGCAUAGGUGGAUGGAACAGUGGUCAAUACCCAUACGCACGUUCAAUCAGCGUGGACAGUAGUGAUACACAAACAGAGGCCCAAGACUUAGCGUACGCGAAUCAAAAACCAUAACCUCCCAUUUAUCAACGCUUUAUUAUUUAUUGCUUAAUAUUAGUUCUAUACAAAUAAAUUAAAAAUAGUUAAGUGCCA